UUUCAACAAUAUGGCAUCGGGUGAUCGGGUUUAUAAGUAAUUACGUCCGUGCUUACGUUGAUCGAAUGAAGAUAUUAUCGCAUUACUAUAAUAACGUUGUGCUGACGUAUAAAAAAAUGAUUGAUAUACUACUUAGAUUUUAAUAAAUAGGUAGUGUACUAAGUAUCAGAAGUAAUUGCGCAAAGCGAUUCUAACCUUUUUCCGGAACUUUCGGUUUCUGAAUUUCAUCAGUGUUUUUAUUUUUCAACAUCACGGAGUAUACAAAAGAAGAAAUCAUGGUUAAUGUUAAUCCCAGAGUGUUCUUUGAUAUAGAGGUGGGCGGUCUCCCAAUGGGUCGAGUGGUAUUUGAACUCUUUGCAGACAUUUGUCCGAUGACAUGUGAAAAUUUUCGUGCCCUAUGUACUGGAGAGAAAGGACUUGGAAAAACAACUGGCAAACAAUUGCAUUAUAAAGGAAUUGUUUUUCAUAGAGUAGUUAAAGAUUUUAUGAUUCAAGGUGGUGAUUUUUCAGUAGGUAAUGGAACUGGAGGAGAGUCAAUUUAUGGUGGAACAUUUGCAGAUGAAAAUUUUGUUAUAAGACAUAAUAAAUCAUUUUUAUUAUCUAUGGCAAAUCGUGGUAGAGACACAAAUGGUUCACAAUUUUUUAUUACAACACAACCAGCGCCUCACCUCGACAAUGUCCAUGUGGUUUUUGGAGAAGUAGUAUCGGGCCAGGAAAUUGUUACACAUAUUGAGGGACUUCCAGUAGACCGCAUGUCUCGUCCGUUACAAGAUGCGAAGGUUGUAAAUUGUGGAGAACUUGUAUUGAAAGUCAAAAAUAAAACAAAGAAACGUGAGACAAAGGACAGCAGUUCGUCUGAUUCUGAUUCUGAUUCAUAUGCAGAGAAACCUAAGAAGAAGAAAAAAGCGAAGAAAAAUAAAAAAAGAGCAAAAUCAGAGGAUGGUGAAAUUCAUGAUUCAAAUGAAGAUGACCUUGGACAACCUCAUCCUCUUGUUUCGGUUACAAAAAUCGAUCCUGAUGAAAUUCCGGAAGUACCAGCAAAUAAAUUUUUAUAUAGAGCAGGACCUACCAAUAAUGCAAAUCAGAAAGAAUUUAGGCAACACUACGGGAGAGACCGGGUACGAUCACAUAGAAAAACUGGUCGCAUUUUUAAAGGAAGAGGAAUAUUUCGAUAUCAUACGCCUUCACGUAGCCGUUCGAGAAGUGUCACACCACCUCAUUGGAAACAAGCUCAAAAUCGUACUAUUAAGUUACAUGAAUUUCAGAAAUUAGAGAAAGAACGCUUAAAGAAAGAGGAGGAAUUAAAGAAACGCGAAGCCGAUAGGAUUAAAAAAUUUACUGAAAAUCCUGAUGAAGAUAACCAAGUAGUGGACAAAUUUGAUGUCGAAGCACAUAUAUCUGAAGAAUUAGAAAAUAAAGAAAAUGAUCAGACAGAUGAAAAAAAGAGUGCCAUUAAAAACGCGGACCAGGAUCAAGAUAACGUAAAUGCUAGUAUAGAUAUUAACGAUGCUAUCACAAAAGAUAAAGUAGAUGGGAAACAUAAAAAUGAAAAGAUAAUUAAGCGCGACUUACAUCGAUCGUAUGGUGAUAGAUCGUCACGGCGAGAAUCGCGUGAUAGAAGCAAAAGGCGUGGAAGUGGUCGGUCCAGAUCGCGAGAUCGACGGAGAUCUCGAGAUAGAGAUUAUGACCGUAGAAAUAGUCGUGACAGAAGAAAUAGAAGAAACUAUUAUCCUCGAAGACGAGAUUCAUAUAGGAUUAACAGGCCUGGCAGAGAUAAUUAUAGAUAUUACGAUAGACGCAAUGAUUAUAGAAGAACAAACAAUUCUAAUUCUAACUACGAUAUGGAUAUGAAUUCAUCCCGUUAUGAUAAAAAUCGAAGAAAAAGUGAUAAUACCUCAGACUCUAACAUUCAACCAAAAUUUAAACGCCGCUCACGUUCAACUAGUUCUAGUAGUCAGCAUUCCAAAGACUAAAUUCAAUAUUUCCUUAUUACUUUGUCUGCAUAAUACAGAAAAAAAUAUAAUUUAUGAAGCGAAUUUCAAUUAUCUUUUCAAAUUUUUUGCUAGAAUUUGUUUCUUUACAGGAUCUAUGAAUUUAUGUAUAGAAAACACUGAUUUAAAUUUGUAAUAAUUAAAUCAUAAUAUUGGUUAUGGUGUUUAAAUGUAAAUUUUAAUUUUCUUAUAAUUAGAAUAAUUAGUAUAAUUUUUGUACUUCUGCAAAGAUGAAUACAAUGUGUUGAAAGCUAUAA